AUAAGAUUGGGCUAAAAAUUGAUGAUAAAGCAGUAACUAUAGUUGUAAUAGCUACAGAUGCAAAAGCUAAGACAUUAGAAAAAGUUAAAGGUGUUCAAAUUGCAUUACAAGAUGUUAAUGACUUGCAAGUUAUAAAAAACCCUACUCUCUAUCUCACUAAUAUAGAAGAAAUACCAGUACAAGAUAAUAGCAAUGAGAAAAAAACCCUUGAAGAACUGAUACUAGAAUCAAUCAACAAGCAUGAUCUAGAAACAACUGCAAUGAAAAAGAUUAAAUAA